UCAGUGAGGGCAUUGAGUGCCCAAUGGGCCAUUAUUGUCCUAUAGGCACCCAUCAACAAAAUCAGCACCCAUGUCCAACUGGGACUUUUAAUCCUCACACAAGGAUGUCCAGCCAUGAAAACUGUUUACCCUGCCCUCCAGGAUUUUUCUGUGAGUCUCCUGGACAAAGUGCUGUGUCUGGACCAUGUGCAGCUGGAUACUUUUGUCUUUCAAAAGCUGUAUCCUCUGCACCUUUGGAUGGAGAAACAGGUGGCAGAUGUCCUCAGGGAUACUACUGUCCCUUGGGGUCCUCAUCUCCUGAACCGUGUCCACUGGGCCAUUAUAGCAACAGCAGCAGGAACACUAAGCGGGAUGACUGUCUGCCCUGCCCUGCAGGAUUUGCUUGUUCCAGCAGGGGGCUCUCCUCUCCUUCUCAUGUGUGUCAGAUGGGCUACUACUGCCCACAGGGUCAAAAUUCCAGCCAGCCUGUCAAUUACAUCUGCUUAUCUGGGCAUAUGUGUCCAACUGGCAGCACCGUGCCGAUCUCGUGUCCCCUUGGGACUUAUCAGAAUUUACAGGGGCAGGCGGAAUGUUCUGUGUGUCCUGCAGGAUUUUUUUGUGCCAGUUUGGACACAGAGAUAGGCGGAACCUCCACACCUGUACCUUGUCCUAAGGGAUAUUACUGCCCUCCAGGCGCAGAGUCAGGAAUGAGCUUCCCCUGUCCUGUGGGCACUUUUAACGGUCAGUUAGGCCUGUCCAGGGUGAACCAGUGUGUCCCCUGCCCCCCUGGUAAAUACUGCAGCUCCUCUGGCCUGGAUGCCCCAACGGGUGACUGUUCUCCAGGUUUUGUGUGUAUCCAGGGUGCCUCGCUAUCAGAGCCAGUUGGAGAUUCCACAGGAAGCAGAUGCACAGCUGGCUUCAACUGCCCGGGGGGUACCAGGCAUAUGGAGCCCUGUCCUCCGGGCACAUUUGGUUCAUUAGAAGGUGCAGCAUCUGUACAGAUGUGCCAGUUGUGUACGCCAGGGCAGUACUGCGGAGAACCUGGACUGAGUUCACCCUCUGGCCCUUGUAGUGCAGGAUACUAUUGUACUCUAAGGUCACACUCCCCUACACCUCAAAACUACAAUAAAUCUGGAUGUGAAGUGUCUGGGACAAUUCAUUCGGUGGAGAAUAGUCAUCCUCGGAUUGAGUUCAUUGGGGGUGUCUGUCCUGCAGGGCACUAUUGCCCCACUGGGAGUACACAGCCAGAACCGUGCCCUCCAGGUACCUUCCUGGGCCGAUGCGGCGCUACAUCUGAGACAGACUGCCAUCUCUGUACCCCUGGAUCAUACUGCCCGGACUGGGGCCAGAUCUCGGUAGAGCUCCUGUGUCCUGAGGGCUGGUUCUGUCCGGCUGGUUCUGUAACAGGACAUCAUCCUGACCGUCAGUGUCCUCCUGGUUACGCUUGUCCGUAUGGCACUGUCGAACCCACCAUCUGUCCACCUGGUACUAAUCAGCCUCUGCCGUUCCAGGCUUCCUGUCAACCGUGCCCAGCAGGGUUCUACUGUUUGGAGGGUAGCUCCACCCCCUUGCCCUGUCCUGCAGGUACUUUGAGUAUGAUUGAGGGCUUGGCCUCUCAGCUGGACUGCGCUCCAUGUCCUCCUGGGUUCUACUGUAACGUCAGCGGGCUAACCAGGCCUUCAGGAGUUUGCUCUGCAGGUCAUUUCUGUUUAUCUGGAGCCACGGAGCCUACCCCAGUCUCACAGAUGUAUGGGGACAUCUGCCCAGCAGGAUAUUACUGCCCCGAGCAGAGCGGUGUUCCUUUACCCUGUCCUGUCGGGUUCAUUUUUACAGACAAGGGUGGCACCUCUUUUAAUGACUGCACCCCUUGCCCUCCAAGUAGAUAUUGCUCUGCGCCGGGAUCCUCUAAGCCUUCAGGUUUUUGCGCUCCUGGCCACUAUUGCAUUGGAGGUGCGCAUACUGCAGCGCCCCAGGCCACGCCCUCUCAGCAAAACUGCUUUUGUGACCUCAUACCAGUGCCACUCCUCCAGAAGUAUGAGCUUUGUCAUAAGAAGCACAACUUAACCUGCUCAAUUCACACUCCUGAUGCUGUGGAUGUGUGGAGUGCUCUGGAUCUCAGGCCUAUGUCCGAUGAAGCACAAUCUGAACUUUAUAGAGAAUCUCCACAGCAUAUCACGCAAACAUGUGCUGGCUUUAAAGGAGACGUUUGUCCCAUAGGAUCUUAUUGUCCUGUGGGUUCAUCGCUUCCUCAGCCAUGUGAUGCAGGAUUUUAUUGUAACGAGAGUGGACUGCACAUCCCUGUGGGUCUAUGCUUUCCGGGAUUCUACUGUCCCACAGGCUCUUCAGAUCCCAAUGCUGUGCUCUGUCCUCCUGGACACUGCUGUCCCCGAGGCACACCAUUAGCCCUGCCCUGCCCGGAAGGGACCCUAAGAAACUCUGCUGGGGGAUCGAGUGUAGAGGACUGCCAACAGUGUCCACCUGGAUAUUUCUGUGAGCAGAUAGGCCUUACAGAACCCUCAGGUUUGUGUUCAGAGGGAUUUUACUGCCCUGGAGGACAGAAAUCAUCCAGACCACCAGAGUAUGUGUGUGAUGCAGGUCACUUCUGUGAAAGGGGAAGUGUAAUGCAGAGGCCGUGUUUCCCAGGUAGUGUCCAGCCCAGUAUAGGCCAACACAAAUGUGAGCUGUGCCCUUCCCGCUUUUUUUGCCCCGAGAAAGCUAUGAUAUACCCAAUCCAAUGUCAGCCUGGCUUUUACUGUCCAGUUGGGGCAGCCAAUCAACAUCCAUGUCCAUCUGGGAGUUAUGGGAACCAGUCUGAAUUGGCUCAGUCUUCUGAAUGCACUCUGUGUGACCCUGGGACCUAUUGUAUGGGGUCAGGAAAUGUUUCCCCGACUGGCCCUUGCAGUGCAGGUUUCUUGUGUUUUGGAGGCGUAUCGGUUCCAUCACCAACCGAUAAUGAGACUGGAAUGCCUUGCCCCUCUGGUUCUUACUGUGCUGCUGGAAGUUUUGCUCCUGUACCUUGUCCUAAGGGCACAUUUAGCAAUCAGCUUCAACUGUCCAACCUUGGUCAGUGCCAAAACUGCACACCAGGGUUUUACUGCUCAGUGCCAGGCCUGACAUCAGUCAGUGGACCCUGCUUACCAGGGUUUUAUUGCAGUGGGGGAUCUCCAACCGCAGCUCCUGUAUCAGCCGUGUUUGGCGAUGUUUGCCCUCCAGGUCACUAUUGUGAGAUUGGGAGCGCUGUGCCAACCCCCUGUGCAGUGGGCAGCCAGCGCUCUGAUACUGGGGGAAAGGGUGCAGAGGACUGCAUGCCUUGCCCUGGAGGGCAGUUCCAGGAUCAGCGAGGGCAAAGGGAAUGUAAACCCUGUCCUCCUGGAUUCCACUGCAUCAGCUUCACACAGGACUUUACUGGGGUCAGCACACCUCUCAUCUGUCCUGAAGGCUUUUUCUGCCCCAAUGAAACUCAACCUGGAAACCCAGUUCCUUGUCCUAAAGGAACAUACAGUGAUUCUGUAGGCCUUGUGUCAGCAGAGCAGUGCUUAGUGUGUCCUAUGGGCUAUUUCUGCGGCUCGGAUGGACUCUCUAAACCGUCUGGACCCUGCGCUCCUGGAUUUCUCUGUUUUAUUCAGGCCACAGUUCCCAACCCAACUGACAAUAGCACUGGCACCUUGUGUCCACCAGGGGCACACUGCCUUCUAGGACUAAGAGCAGGUGAAUGUUCAGCAGGCUAUUACUGUGACUGGGGCUCCAGCAGCCCAGAGCAGAGUCUCUGUCCUGCUGGCUUCUAUUGCCCCACAGGCACCCCAAAGCCUCUGGCCUGCACUUCAGGCACUUUCAGCUCAAUCAUGGGCAACAGCCAGAGAGAAAACUGUGAGCCGUGUCCAGCAGGCUUCUACUGUCAGGGGGAAGGAGUGGCAGAGCCUCUUCCUUGUCCACCAGGGCAUUUCUGUCCCUCAGGUACAUCACAGGGCACUCAGUUCCCAUGCCCUCCAGGAACAGUGCAGCCUAUUUCUGGUGCAGUCAGUUCUGAAGAAUGUCUGCCAUGUCCUUCAGGCAAGUUCUGUGCUAAUCAUGGUCUCUCAGAGCCUACAGGGAGUUGCCAGGAUGGGUAUCACUGUCCCUCAGGUUCCACCAGUCCCAAUGGCACUGGAAACGAGAAUAAAUCUACAGGCAACAACAUGUGCCCAGCUGGUCAUUAUUGUCCAACUGGUAUCGGCUCGCCUCUCCCAUGCCCUGCGGGAACCUUCUCUAGCUCCCCAGGGUUAAGUGUGGCGGAGCAGUGCCAGCCGUGUCCUCCUGGGUUCUUCUGUGAGGAGCCUGCAAUGGUCCAUCCCUCAGAAGCAGCUCUGUGUGAUGCUGGAUAUGUGUGUAUCAAUGGUAGCCAUAGUGCUCGACCAGUCGAUGGACUACGAGGUUACAUCUGCCCCAGCGGACAUAGCUGUCCCAUUGGUGCUCCACUAGAAGUGCCAUGUGAGCCUGGCACGUACAGCAAUGCACCUGGGGCUGCCCACUGUCUCUUAUGCCCAGCUGGUACAAUGUGUCCUUCCCCUGGCACACAGGAGCCUUUACCAUGUCCUAUGGGUCAUUAUUGUCCUAGUGGCACUGCUAUGGCUGUGCCCUGCCCGGUUGGCACAAUGGGUCAGAUUACCAGGGCUCAGUCUGUUGCUGCCUGUGUCUCCUGCCCUACCGGCCUCUACUGCGGUUUACCUGGUUCAUCACAACCGCAAGGUCAAUGCCAGCAGGGUUAUUUUUGCCAAGGAGGGUCUGCAUAUCCUGCUCCUUUGAAUAUGUCUGGCUAUCUCAGAAAUGGCCCGUGCCCACACGGUCACUUUUGCCCUUCUGGUACCUUGAUGCCACUGCCUUGCCCAGCGGGCACCAUUCGUAACCUCACUGGGGGUUACUCCAUAGAAAGUUGUCUUCCCUGCCCAGCCGGGCACUAUUGUGCCAGUGAGGGCCUUGAUUCUCCAACUGGACCUUGUGCUGCAGGCUUCUACUGCCCUUUAGACUUCUCCUCCACCACCCCCCACGCCUUCCUCUGCCCCAAGGGUCAUUACUGUCCCUUGGGCUCUCCUCUGGCCUUGCCCUGCCCCACGGGACAAUACCAGCCUAAUCCAGGCUCUGACAACUGCAUCCCCUGUCGUCCAGGCUAUUACUGUGAGGAGGCAAUUAUCGGAGACCCCCGGCCUUGCCCGCCACACUCCUACUGCCCUGCAGCCACUAUGAUUCCACAACCCUGUCCCAAUGGCACACACACUCCUCCUGAGGCAGUGGGUCUGCAGGAGGAGAGAGAGUGCUUGCCCUGCCCACCAGGAAAAUUCUGCAGGGUUGGCAAGGUCAAAGGUCAGUGCGCUGCUGGUUAUAUAUGCUUCUCUGGCAGUUCAGAGUUCACCCCGCAGGGUAACGUUCAGCUCAACAGAGAUCAUUGUGAGUGGGGUGUGCAGUGUGCUGGACCCUGUCCUGCUGGAUUUUAUUGCCCUGAGGGAACAGAAGAGCCUUUAACUUGCCCUGCUAACACUAUAAGACAAACCCCUGGCGGAAGCGAUGUACAUGACUGUCUAGUCUGUCCUCCAGCACACUGGUGUAAAGAGGGUGACCCAGUCCUACACAUAUGUCCACCAGGCUAUUAUUGUGACGGCAUAGCUGAUUAUGAGUCUGAGGGGAGGCCGGGGCCCAGAGAAUGUCCUCUUUUCACCUACAGGCCCACACCUGGGGCAGGAAGCAAAGGAGACUGUCUCAUCUGCCCUCCUGGCACCUUCUGUAAUUCCACAGGACUCAUUGACUUCUCAAGCUUUCUCUGCCCUCCGGGUCAUUGGUGUAGCGGGACAGGUUUCCCAGUGCUUUGCCCCGCAGGCACCUUUAGGGCACAGCCGGGGGCAGCUUCUGCUAGCCACUGUGAGCUUUGUCCUCCUGGAACCUACUGCCCAGACCCUCGCACCACAAGCUAUGCUAAUACAGCAGGCAUCCCUUGCCGAGCUUCUUACGAAUGCCCCACAGGUUCAGUCAUGGAGAUCCCCUGCCGAGCUGGUUCAUACUGCGGAGCUCAGACAGGUGUGCCCACGCUGUGCCCUGCAGGUUACUUUUGUCCUGAAAGAUCUCACACCUACAGCUCACCACAGCAAGUGUGUAGUUUUCCAUAUUACUGCCCAGCCAACAGCUCUGUUAUGCUGUCCUGUGCUGACGGCUGGAUGCCGUUGAACACCAGAGGGUUGAGGACGUCACAGGAGAGCAGCUGUGUGAUGUGUGCGGCCGGCACUUACCGGCUCAGUCUGUCCUCUCACCUUAACUGUCUCCUGUGCCCUCCAGGAUAUCACUGCCCACCAGGCUCACACCAUUUUAGUGGUCAGCACUGUCCAGUGGGAUACGUUUGUCCGCAAGGCACAUCAGAACCUAUUCCAUGCCCUCCUGGAUCAUAUGGAAACCGUUCUGGUGCCGAAUCACAGGAGGAUUGUCACAAAUGUCCACUGAGCACCUUCAAUCACCUUCAUGCCCAAAGAGCCUGUUUCCCUUGCGGGAGCUCGUCCACUUCGGCAGCUGGAGCAUCCUCUUGCACAUGCAUAGGUAAGAACCGUGCGUUUCAGCACUCGGAUGGCUCGUGCUUGUGUAAAACAGGGUUCGUCUUCUAUAAUGAACUGGACUUCAAAAGCUCCACCGCUGACAGUGAGUUUGACUGUCAGCCUGAGGCGAAGAAGCGCUGUUGGGCGGGGCAAGUGAGACUGGCGUCUACGCUGGAGUGUGUUGUACCAUCUACCUACUCUUGUAACGUGACGUGCGGACCCCAUGGUGGGAGUCUGGAUGUUGGGAUGGGCAUCUGUCACUGUGAGAGGUAUGUGUCCGUUGAGGAGCUGUGUAACUCCUCAUGUCUGUCCACACUGCCCGUGCUGUCUGCCAGGCUGCUCAAUGAUGGACAGCUACUACUGAGAAUCAAAGGCUCAGAUGAAAGCAGGACCUGGAGCAGGAAAAUGGUAAAUGUACUAGGACCUAACGUCCACGUCAAGAACAUUGGCAGGAUCCACUUUGUUCAGUUUGCGCCUGAUGGAGUGUUUGGAUGGAUUUUGAAAGACCUUCUUCUCAUUGAUUCUUUACUGACAGAACGAGUCGAAAUUCUGGAGAGAGAUUUAAGGAGAAAAAGAGAUGCUGAUCAAAAUGAGAUUUUCAGGCAUCUUCCACGUAUUCCAAAUCCUAUAGCCUGUCUGUCCCUGAAUGACAUGCUCAUCUUUCAGCUCACUAUAAACCACACAGGCCGCCAGCUCAGCCACUUCCCAGUGUACCAGAAAGAUCAUCUGUUCAGCAGUAACCCUGGCUGGGACUUUGGUGCUUUCAGACGUCUGCAGCAUCUCAUCAAACACACACAGCUGAAUUCCACCAGGUUUGCACAUGUGUUCAUGGAACCGGGCAAGUAUGUGUUCGUGGAUAACGCAGUGUCCGACUGGAGUCUGAUAGUGGUGGUGAGUGAGUGGGGCUCAGAGUGCAGCCCCUCCACAGCUGCGUUCCAACCCGUGACCCCUGCGCAACUAGUGCGACAUGGCAUCAUAAAACAACACAGUUUAAAUCUGCUUCCAGACUGGGGGAUCAUCACAGGGUGUUUAUCUCUGCUGGCGUUGCUGAUUGUAGUGUUGACAACUUCUGCCCUUGUCUUGAGACCUAAUCGAGCACACCUCAUAGCUCAGGGGAGGCCGAAAGCCAAAUGGCGGAGUUUGGGUGAACCCAAGGUUCCUAUUGAGUAUGUUUAUAAUACAGACUGUAUGGACGGCUCUGAGCCUUUGGGUCUCAGAAGGAUAGGAGAGGGAGCUGAAUCAGAGGAACCUGCUGUGUGCAAAGGAGGUUUCAAAAAUACACUGAUGGAGCUUGAGGAGUUCAAUGUGAAAACGCUGUAUGACAAGUUAGAAGAUCAGAAUUUACACCUGGCGUCCCAGCUGGCAAAGCAUCGUAAAGAUACGCAAGACUUCUACAGGAACAUGUGUCAGCAGAUUGAUGCUCUGAGGGACACACUAGAAAAUAUGGAACCCUCAAAGAUGAACCAGCUGAAAAAUAUGCUGGAUAAUGAAAUGCUGGUCAGAAAAGAAAGCACUCAUGCAGAGCCGUGGAUGGGGUUGAUGGGAGAUUUGCUGAAGUCUUUAGAAGCGGUCAUGUUCAGGAUGAAUGGAGAUGUCCUACAGCAACAGGACAGCACGGCUACAAACAGCCGCAGAGAAAGUGAACGUCACGCUGGAUACAUUCAAUUUUCCCCUGCAGACAUGACAGAACUCAAAGAAAAGAUGGAUACAUAUCCAUGCCACCGUACCUCAGGUCGGAGCACCGUCCCCUGCGUGAGUGAAGAGGAACUGGCCAAGUUUGUGUGUCUGACGCCUCUAUCCAGAACACUGCUGGAGAUAAAGGAGUCACUCCAGAUGCUUGUUCACACACCCAGUACAGAGGAAGUAAUCAUCAGCCCGGUGGAGAGUGAGAUGACACACCUGAUUCCUGUCGCCCUUGACAACCUUUCCCCACAGCAUUUUGCAGUCUUCCUGUUUGGCUGCCACGUUGUGCGUCUGUUGCACCGAGCCUGUGCUUUUCCCCCCGUCAUGCUGCUGUUGGCUAAGACGGUGCCGGUCUCUCACUGUGAUAACCUGCUGGCCUACUGCAAUAAAAACUUUUAUUACGACACAGCCAAUCAGAUCCUGUACAUUCUAGAGAGUAAACUUCAAAACGCUGGCCAGUUCAUCUCUGUUAUCUUGCAUACUAUGGCCUAUAUAACCUCAGGCUCAAAACCUCCUGAAUUCAUGAAAACCUUUCAUUUGGCCAUAUCAGCAUUAAGCAUGCAGCUGUUUCAUCACUCCUUCACCGAGGACCAGAGGAAGCAGCAGAGGGAUGAGGACACACAGGAGGCCUUUGGAACCAUAGUGGAGGACUUCUUCAGUGUUAAAGUACCUGCUGAAACUCAUUUCGCAGAGCACAUGCUGGCCGAGAGACAAAAGGUGUAUAAAUACUUUAAGUUGGAACAGCUCCUGAAUGAAUUAAAACCAACUUUAAAAGACAGACAUGGAGAAGGGCGGAGAAAAUCCAGCCUCAAAAUUCCCAUCCCAGGGCUAUGUGUGGAGAAAGAAAUAAACAAACUCGAUGAGGUUUACCAGGAGCUCUCCUCAAAGCUUGACAGUCUACCGGAAAAGAACACGCCGAAGUUAGACAAACCGCUGCAGGAUCAACACAUGAUGGUGGAACUUCAAAAAUGUACGGUGGAGCAGAGACUGAAGGAGAUGAAAGAAAGAUUUUCUAAACUCAGCUCAAGCCAGAGAAUCGGUUUUAGUGAAGAAAAAGCAGCUCACAGCAAAAUACAAGCUCGGGAAAACAGCCAGUCACCCAGCAAACAUAAACCAAACAGCGGCGGAUCAGAGGAGCAGCCGUCUGCCACAGCCAGGACAGCCCACAAAUAAAAAAACAGUAAACAUACGGACAAUGAUGAAGAAAAGGGUAUGACUGCUUAAGGAGUAAUGUACAGUAAUAAAUAUACUCUUAUUUUUUCCUAAAUAAAAAAAUAUAUGAAAAUACCCAACUAAAAUUAAUCUGAUGCAUUUUGGAGCACAAGUAUGUCUGGCAUGUUUUAUCUUUACUUCAAGCUCUGUUGCUUGCUCAAUCAAUAACUCUACGCAGUUUGUCAAUUGGUCAGCGCAGCUCUAAAUUCUACUCCUCUAGGGAGAACAGACUGUGAACAGAUUGGGGAGGAGAUGUGGCUAUCAUCACUCUCUCAGUACAACAACUCUGUGUCUCUGUGUGCUGAUAUGCUCAAGAAAGUUCCAUUGGCCGUGUGCCGUUUGCCUUUAUCACUUAGAUUAAACAAACUGUGUGUCUGCGCACACCAUCCAGGGUCAGUCUAUCCACUUAACAUAACUGUCAACCAGUGCGUACUGAUGCUGAACUGAAAUCCAUUAUAUUUCUAAAUGUCUCAGCGGUUUGAGUUCAUACAAUGGAAGUCGACAAGUUGUUGAACCAACGUUAUUCAAAAUAUCUUCCUUUGUGUUCCGCAGAAGAAAGAAAGUCAUACAGGUUAGGAAUAAAAUGAGAGUGAGUAAAUGAUGAAAGAAUUUUCAU